AUGACCGAGCAGAAGCGUCUUGCUAAAGAAGAUUUUAGUAGUGUAUGGAAAGAUAAUAAAAAUACACUCGCAUCAGGAUUAAAACUUGAUCUUGUUGAACAUUUAUCACGACAACGUUUAUCACAAGAUUGGGUUGAUGCAAAAGAACGUGUUGUUAAAAUUAUGAAACUUGAUCAAUUUGAUAAUUCACAAGAAAUUAAAAUUCUUGAUAUUGGAUGUGGUUUAGGUAUUGAUUUAAUGUUAGUAGCAGAGGAAGCUGGUCGCUUAGGUAAAACAGUUUCAAUUAUUGGUUUAGAUCAAAAUUCAACCAUGCUUGAAGAAGCAAAGAAGUUAUAUGAAAGUCAAAAAGAUCGUUUAUCAUCAAAUGUAUCCAUUCAGAUAAUCCAUGGUGAUAUUCUUCAAAUGGAAUUUAAUGAUGAAACAUUUGAUAUCGUCCGUUCUGAUAUUACUCUUCAGCAUAUAGAUCUUGAGAAAGCUUUAAUGGAAAUUAAACGAGUAUUAAAAGUUAAUGGCCGAUUAAUAGCAUUCGAAGGUGGUGCUGGAGAUGUUUAUAGUCCCGACGAAGUUAUGAUUAAAACAUAUGAUGCCGUUUUACCAACUCGAAGAGAUGGUGGAACUGCUAUCCGUUUACAAUUUAUGUUACCAAAAAUGAAUUUUGAAAUUAAAAGUUCAAAUCCAAUAGCUUUUCUCCAAUCGGGCCAAUUCUUAGCAAUUCAAGAUAAAGAUUGGGUUAAAGUUCGAGGAAUGGGUGAAUUACUGGUUUCAAAAGGUGUCUUAACCGAAGAAGAAAGUAAAGACUUUCAAAAGCGUUAUAUUGAAGCGUGUGAAACUAAUCAAAUAAUUUCCGCUGCAAUGAUGUUUAUUAUUGAAGCUGUUAAAUGCAAAUAA